AUGGCUUCCCCAGAGAGAGAGAUUCGUGCUGGAGACACACCAGAUGCCGAAAAGGUAUCGAAUUCAUUUCGCGAGUCAUCCACUCUACUUCUCUCUGAAGGGCAAGCUCUCGCAAAGGCAAGAAGCUGUCCCGAUGAUGCGCUCCCAAUUCUGAUCACGUACGCAUUCGAUGAUCACGACAAUCCCAGAAACUGGCCUAAAUGGCGGAAAUGGUACAUUACGUGCCUAGUCAGCAUGCUCAAUGUCUUCACAACCUGGUGCGCGGGAGGUAUAUCCUCAGGUGCGACGGGCAUCCAAGAAGAAUUUGAUGUUUCGUCAGAGGUUACCACUCUGUGUCUCUCGCUAUAUGUCUUGGGAUAUGCCAUUGGCCCCGUUCUUCUCGCUCCGCUAUCGGAGUACUUUGGUCGCCAGCCUGUCUAUGUCGUUUCAUGGUUUCUCCUGUUCAUCUUUCAGCUUCCCCUUGCACUGGCUCCCAAUAUCGGCACCAUCCUAGUCUGCCGGUUUAUCGCAGGCUGCGCUGGUGGUGCGCCUUUGACCAACACCGGUGGGAGUAUCAGCGAUUUAUGGGAGCGAAACGAAAGCGGAGGCCCAAUGGCAGUGUAUGGUCUCAGCAGCACAUUUGGCCCUCCCAUGGCCCUCGUCAUUACCGGUUACAUUGGCCUAAAUGUAGGCUGGCGCAUGAUCUUCUGGGUACUGAUGGCCAUGACAGGUGGAGUGUGGAUCCUACUUGUCACCACCGUGCCCGAGACACGGCACACAACCAUCUUGCAAAAGAAGGCAAAACGGGCGCGCAAGCAGAUGAAAAAGGAAAACCUCCGAUCCGCAGAAUCGACCGUCGACGUCCAUGCUAGUGGGCGAAAGGGCCUACACGAACUAUUUGCCAUUACCCUCACCCGUCCCUUCCGGUUCCUGCUCUCCGAGCCCAUUACCACGUUCUCUGCUAUUUACAACGGAUUCCUCUAUGGCCUGGUCUAUCUAUUCAACGAGGCGAUUCCCCUUGUCUUUGGAGCCCCCAAAGGUCACCCCUUCAAUGUCGGUCAGCAAGGACUUGCAUUCCUCGGAAUGGCAAUCGGCCCCAUCAUCGCAUUCUGCAUGUACCCACUUCAAGAGAGAUACUACCUCCGUCGAGUCGCCGAAAAUGAUGGCCAUGGUGUCCCUGAGGCGCGUAUGUGGAUGGCACGAGGUGGUGCCAUGCUGAUUCCUAUCAGUCUGUUCUGGUUUGGAUGGACCAGUUAUCGCUCAGUUCAUUGGAUUGUACCGAUCAUUGCCUCCUCUCUGUUUGGUGCCGGGAUCUACAUCGUGAUUCUUAGCAUCCUCAACUAUGUUGUCGACAGCUACCAGACCUAUUCAGCCUCUGCACUUGCGGGCGUGAUUCUGGUUCGCAAUGUGGUAGGAGCUGGAUUUCCCCUCUUUGCGACACAGAUGUAUGAGAAGCUGGACUAUGAGUGGGCAUCUAGCCUUUUGGGAUUCAUAUCGAUCUUGUUGGUGCCGAUCCCAUUUAUCUUUUUCUAUAAAGGAAAAGCUAUUCGACUGCGGAGCCCUUGGGCAAGAGAACAUUUUGACCAGAGCGAGGAUAGCCCUCAUUGA